AUGUGGUACCAGAAGAAUGAAUCAGCAAUAGAUUUAAGAAUCUUCAGUUCAAUUGAAUUCUCAAUAGGCGUGCCGUUUACAGAAUUAACGUUCUUUAUGGUUAGUUAUUUGGAUACGAAGGUGAUAUCAAUCAAGCUGUUCGAAAUAGUUUCCUCAUUUUCAAGAUCAAAUUACGUUCUAGUAGUAAUUCCAGACAAUAUACCCUACGAUAUAGCUGAGAUCAUAAAGGCAGACACUGUACUACUUGCAGAACAAACUGCUGAUUUUUCCAAUUCAAUUUAUUUAAAAACUUCAUGCUUGAUGAAUUUGUACGAUACCAAUUUACCUUUUGUUAUCAUUGUGUCUAACCAAAAGAGUAUCAGCGCAAAAUUUGUGGAUAUGGUUCAAGAGUUAAAAUCCUGUACCUUGUAUAAUAAUUCAAAAUGA